AUUAUUUAUUUGUAUUUAUAUAUCUAAGGUAUAAAUGUCUCUUGCCUCAAUAAUGAAAUUUAUUUUAGUCAUUUUUCUCAUUAAAACUAUUUUUGUGAUAAAAACUUAAAAAUAUCUAUUUGAAAGAGUUACCCAAAAUAAAAAUAUUAUAUUUUGAAGAUUUACCUUAUAAAGUAUUUACAAAAUAAUUAUUUAAAAAUAAAAUAGAUAAUAUUAUUCUAAAUUAUAUUCUUUAAACUUUAAGUUAUAGACCCUAAAUCCUAACUACUAACCUUACUGCUAUUUUUCUUCUUAUAUGUUAUUUUAAAAAUAAAAACAUGUUUUAGUAGUGUGCUAUAAAAAAAAAAAUUUAUUCUUUGACAGUUGCUCACUCUUCCUCUACAUAUAGAGGCUAAAUAAAACAUGAAUAUAACUCACUCCUUUCCAAAAGUCCUAACUUUUUAUUUAAGCAAGCAAAAAUCAUGGCAGAAGCGGCUAAUUUGGUGGGAAAGCUUGAGGCAGAUGUCGAGAUAAAAUCUUCUGCUGAAAAGUUCCAUCACAUGUGGGCAGGAAGAGUACACGAUCUGCCCAAAGCAACUCCAGACAAGAUCCAGAACUGUGAGCUACAGGAAGGCGACUGGGGAAAAGUCGGUUCAGUGGUCAUCUGGAGCUACGUUAUUGAUGGAGUGGCAACAGAGUGUAAGGAUAGGGUCGAGGAGGUGGAGCGGGAGAAGAACCUGAUCACGUUCAGGGUUAUUAAAAGUGAUCUGUUGAAAAUGUACAAGAGUUUUGUGAGCAGGAGCCAGGUGACCCCUAAGCAUGGAGGGCCUGGUGGUAUUGUGCACUGGGACCUUGAGUACGAGAAAGUCAGCGAAGAAGUUGGUCACCCUGAAAGUCACCUCCAGUUAAGUGUUGAAGUGUCAAAAGAUAUCGAUGAAUAUCUCUUGACAGAAUAAUAGAGGAUUACUCUUCGUGUGUUUGUUAAGUUUGUGCAUCUUUGUGUCUUCAAAGCUUUCAAUAAAUAAUGAGCUGUGUCCGAGUUUGGGUAAGAGGUAUAUGUUGGUGACUUGGUGUGUGUCGACUCAUCUGUGUAUGAAUAAUAUUACGGCCGAGUUAUGUUUGAAGUU